AUGCCAAUCGAACAAAAUACGUCACUGCAAAACCAAACUGAUCCAACUGUCAGAAAAAGAAGAACCAAAUAUCAAACAAUCAAUGACAACUUUAGAAAAGAAAUCAUUAAAUACUGGGAAGACAAUCGGGGUGUUAAGACUCUAAAAGAAAUGGCAUCCAAUUUACGAAUUCCACGAUCUACUUUGGCCUCCAUUACCAAGAUUUAUGAAAAUACUGGUAGAGUAGAAUCAUUUAAAAGGGGAGGAUGUCAUUAUGUUAAGAUGGAUGACGAGCAACUUCAAUUUAUUCAAGAUUUGGUGGAUGAAAACCCUUCUAUAACAUUAAAGGCCAUUCAGUCUCGUUUACAACUUCAAUUUAACAUGGAAACCCCUCACUCCAUUACGGGUAUUGAUUACGCACUCAAGAAACGCAUCAAAUACACUUUGAAGAAACUACACAAGUAA